AUGUCGAGCUCGUCGCCUCACCUUGACGGACACGCGCCCGCCCUAGCCUCCUCUAGCCGGACUUCUCCCGACCACGACGAUGAUUCCGACGAUGGAUUCGAAAUUCAGCCGGACGAGCUGCUGGAGGAUGACCCACUGCACGAAACCGACACAUUGACUGGAGGUGUCUCGUUCAAGCGCAAGAACAAAGCCGCUCAACCAUCCUUCGCAUCUCGUUUCUUACCCUCGCCUUUCUCCCGCAGUCGCAAUGCCACGCCCGUACCGUCGGACGCAGCUCAUACUGGACGAGUUCACCCUACGACUAACAACAUCCUGUCGUAUCUGAACAUCACCAGUGAUCCAACAAUAGGAGGACAUGAUGCCAAGGACGCAGCAGGCCUGGACUGGUACGUGGAGGGCCCAGGGAGGAGAGUAGGCUACGACAACCUCACAGCCAUCGACUGGAUAUACGAGUACAACAAAGAGCGCACACGACUACGGCAGCUUACUGACAAUACACCAGGCCUUCUUGGUCAGCUAAAACUUCUGGCCGAUGCAAGUCAGGUAUGGUGGAUUCUGGUUGCCACUGGUAUAUCAGUGGGAGGGAUAGCAGCAGGUAUUGAUGUCGCCAGCGAUUGGAUGGGCGAUCUAAAGCAGGGCAUGUGCAGCAAUGUCGAAAGCGGCGGGAAGUUCUACCUCAGUCGGCCAUUCUGCUGCUGGGGUACAGGCAGUUUUGCAGAGUGUGCCGACUGGAGAACGUGGAGCUCAUCGAUUGGUGUGCACAACAAAGGUGGGAGCUAUAUCAUCGAGUACAUUGUGUUUGUGCUCUUGUCUGUGUUCUUCGCGACAUGCGCGAGCUUGCUGGUGAAUAGAUACUCGCUAUACGCCAAGCAGAGCGGUAUACCAGAAAUCAAGACGAUGCUGGGAGGAUUCGUCAUUCGACGAUUUCUAGGAGUUUGGACAUUGGUGGUCAAAUCCCUUGGAUUGUGUCUAGCUGUCGCAUCAGGCAUGUGGCUAGGCAAAGAAGGACCUCUUGUGCAUGUCGCAUGCUGUUGCGCCAACCUCUUCAUGAAAUUAUUUCACGGCAUCAAUGGCAACGAAGCGCGAAAGAGAGAAACACUGUCCGCCGCCGCAGCAUCUGGCAUAUCUGUGGCAUUCGGCUCGCCCAUUGGUGGCGUGCUCUUCAGCUUGGAGCAGCUUUCAUAUUACUUCCCGGAUAAGACAAUGUGGGCAUCGUUCGUCUGCGCUAUGGUCGCCGCGGUCACUUUGCAAGCUUUCGACCCAUUCCGGACUGGCAAGCUUGUCCUCUACCAAGUCACAUACCACAGCGGCUGGCACGCAUUCGAAUUGCUGCCGUUUUCGAUGAUCGGCAUCAUUGGCGGGCUGUAUGGCGCUAUGUUCAUCAAGCUAAACAUGCGAAUCGCGAGAUGGCGCGCCUCAACUUCGAAUCCAUUCCUGAACCGCCCUGUCCUCGAAGUGGUCGUGGUUGCUUUCGUCACGGCGCUGAUUAGCUUCCCAGUAACGUUUCUGCGCGCACAAUCUAGCGAACUUGUCGAAUACCUCUUCACAGAAUGCCGAGACGUCAACGACGAUUAUCUGGGUCUUUGCAAGGCGGGCAUAGCCAAUACGGGAGUCAUCUUCAUACUACUGCUCUCGGCAUUCAUCGGCUUCGUGCUGGCAACCAUCACAUUUGGCCUACAAGUACCAGCUGGCAUCCUCCUACCGUCCAUGGCAGUCGGAGCUUUGUAUGGUCGUGUGGUCGGACUGAUAGUAGAGGUCUGGCAACGCGAGCAUCCGAACUUCAUCGCUUUCGCCUCUUGUGAGCCGGAUAUACCUUGUGUCACACCAGGUACGUACGCCGUCAUUGGCGCCGCAUCUGCUUUGGCUGGCACAACUCGCAUGACUGUCAGCAUAGUGGUCAUCAUGUUUGAGCUUACUGGCGCCUUAACCUACGUCCUACCUAUCAUGAUAGCAGUCAUGCUUAGCAAAUGGGUGGGUGAUGCAUUUGGCAAGCGCGGCAUUUACGAAUCAUGGAUCCAGUUUCAAGGUUAUCCGUUCAUCGACAACAAGGACGAUACCCCAGUGCCCGAUGUGCCAGUCAGUCAGAUUAUGACACGGUACGAAGAUAUUGUAUGCAUAACAGCAACUGGUCAUACAAUCGAAAGUCUGCAAGACAUGCUGAAAGAGCAUCGUUCUCGUGGCUUCCCAGUUAUCAACAAUCUACACGAAUGCAUCUUACUAGGCUACAUCAGCCGGACUGAGCUCUCCUUCGCUCUAGAUUCCGUACUAGAUUCCCGCGCUAUGCCACCGACUACAGAGUGCUUCUUCCAGCACCGACCUCUUGCGGACCCAACUGUCACGCUUGACCUCCGACCAUGGAUGGACCAGACACCUAUUACGCUUUCGGCGCGUAGUACCUUCCACCUCACGAAAGACAUGUUCGAGAAGCUAGGCUUGCGCUACGUCAUCUUCACGGAGAAGGGUGCGUUGUCUGGCUUGCUGACGAAGAAGGAUCUAUGGUUUGUGCUAAAUGAGGGAGAGAUCGGCAGGACAGGUGGCGGUGUCGGAGUACUCCGAGAAGAGGGCCAGGGACGGGAAGACGAACGAGGUCUAUUGCGCAGAGAUGAGGAUGAGACCGGCAAUGGUCGAGGAGACGAAGGCUAA